AUGCGGGCGGAGGAGCCGCUGGCGCUGGCGGCCCCGCGGGCGGGCGGCGGCGAGGCGGAGGCGGAGGCGCCGGGCGAGGAGCGGAGCGGCGGCAGCUGCUGCAGCAGCGAGCGGCUGGUGAUCAACAUCUCGGGGCUGCGGUUCGAGACGCAGCUGCGGACCCUCUCCAUCUUCCCCGACACGCUGCUGGGCGACCCCAGCCGCCGGGUGCGCUACUUCGACCCGCUCCGCAACGAGUACUUCUUCGACCGCAACCGGCCCAGCUUCGACGCCAUCCUCUACUACUACCAGUCCGGGGGGCGGCUCCGCCGGCCGGUCCAUGUGCCCCUCGACAUCUUCCUGGAGGAGAUCCGCUUCUACCAGCUGGGCCAGGAGGCCAUCGAGACCUUCCGGGAGGACGAGGGCUUCAUUCAAGAGGAGGAGAAGCCCCUGCCCCAGCACCACUUCCAGCGCCAGGUCUGGCUGCUCUUUGAGUACCCCGAGAGCUCCGGGCCGGCCCGGGCCAUCGCCAUCGUCUCCGUGCUGGUCAUCCUCAUCUCCAUCGUCAUCUUCUGCCUGGAGACCCUGCCCGAGUUUCGCCAGGAGCCCAAGGGCGCCCAGCCCGCCUUUGGGGAGGCGGCGCCGCCCGGCGACGAGGCGCUGCUGCUGCCGCCGCCGCCGCCGCCGAGCGGGACUCCGCCGCCCCUGCGCCCCGUCGCCGGCGCCGGCCCCUUCUUCACCGACCCCUUCUUCCUCAUCGAGACCCUGUGCAUCAUCUGGUUCUCCUUUGAGCUCCUCGUCCGCUUCUUCGCCUGCCCCAGCAAGCCCGAGUUCUCCCGCAACAUCAUGAACAUCAUCGACAUCGUGGCCAUCAUUCCCUACUUCAUCACCCUGGGCACCGAGCUGGCCCAGCAGCAGCAGCAGAAGCAGCAGCCCGGCAGCAGCAGCAACAACGGGGGCCAGCAGCAAGCCAUGUCCCUGGCCAUCCUCAGAGUCAUUCGCCUGGUCAGAGUUUUCAGGAUCUUCAAGCUCUCCCGGCACUCCAAGGGGCUGCAGAUCUUGGGGAAGACUCUCCAGGCCAGCAUGAGGGAGCUGGGCCUCCUCAUCUUCUUCCUCUUCAUCGGGGUGAUCCUCUUCUCCAGUGCUGUCUACUUUGCAGAGACUGAUGACCCCGACUCCCUGUUCACCAGCAUCCCUGAUGCUUUUUGGUGGGCGGUGGUGUCCAUGACCACUGUGGGCUAUGGGGACAUGUAUCCCAUGACAAUUGGUGGCAAGAUUGUGGGCUCCUUGUGUGCCAUCGCAGGUGUGCUCACCAUUGCCCUCCCUGUCCCUGUCAUUGUGUCCAACUUCAACUACUUCUACCACCGAGAGACUGAUCAUGAAGAGCAGUGCCAGUACACCCACGUCACCUGUGGCCAGCAGCAGUCACCCUUCUCUGAGCCCAAGAAGGGGGACAGUAAUCAGUCUCUCAGCAAAUCUGAAUUCCUGGAAGCAGAAGACCUGGAGUCCAUGAAAUAUUCCAACUUCAUUCCUCCCAACAACCAGGGUUAUAAAGAGAAGAAAAUGCUGACAGAGGUGUGA